CAUCGAAUUCUCAUUCCCUCUCUGCUCAACCCCACCAUUUAUCCUCCCGAGGCCAGCCAGCCCGAACAUCUCUUGCAGUUUAUGCAUUCACUCCAUGCUCUUCUGGCCAACAAUGCCCAUCGCGUUACCGCAAUGAUCACACUUCCGCUGUCUCUUUAUCCCCGAUCGACGGGUCUCGUACGAUGGGUGGAACUGCUAUGUGAUGGGGUUAUCGAGCUAUGUCCUUUCCCACAUUCAGCCGAUGCGCUUGCGACCUCAGGAGCCGCAACCGCCCAUGAGGAGCCCCCACAAGGAAUGCUAAAGACACAUAAACUUCCCGUGUUACAUGAACGAGGAGGAGGAAGCGAUCAGAAUAUCGGCGAGGACUGGGCGUUCACGCUCAGCAGACGGAAGUUUGAGAUUAAACCGUUCAGUCUGCCUCCCGCGGAGGGAGACAAGGAGGCUCAACAGGGAAAUGCCGGCAGCUCAAUGCCAAAAAAGGCGGAUCUUGAAUUCUAG